CUUGAAGGUGUAUGAACUCCGGCUGCCAGCUGAACACCCUUGAGCAGCUGACAGACGCAGAGACCAGAAGAGAGGAAGACGUGGACGCACCAGAACCCAGAGCCGCGGACUUUGUGUUGGUUCUGGUUCCUUUCUGUGCUAGAGACCCCUAACCUCAUCUGGGUAGCUGGCCUCUGGUGUGCAUGAGCUGCUGCUCCACUCCAUCCGCAGCAGGCAAGCCAUUACGCAUCUAAUCAGAGCAGUAUUUUAAGCUUGCUUACUCUCCAAGCAACAUCUCUGCAAAAGCAAGCUAGUGAGAGACGCCUGCUCUGGACCCUAAAGAGUCUGGAGUCCUUCCCAGCGAAUUGUCUCUCACCCUGCGGAGCACGCCAGCUCAAUUACUGGAGAAAGAGGUUGGUCCUUGCCACCACCCUCCCCUUCUGUCUUCAGUAGGAGCGGAGAAGAGGAGAUCCGCUCCAGUGCGCACCGGAGUGACCAAGUACAGCUGGCUACCAGGGCAGCGACCUGGACGUGGGUCCUUUCCUCCUCCCGCGGCUACACCCGCCCUGUGCGCUUUGAGCACAGCGCUGGACUAUCCCGGCAGGGCUCCCGGGUGACAUCACUCCUGAAGAUACUCGCACUCUGGUCCUUGCCUUUAAGAAGCCUCUAUCCGUGUCUUUGUGCGUCUCUGAAGAGGGCUCCGAGCUUCCGAGCAGGACGCUGAGCAGCAACUGACCAGAGGAAGCAAAGGAGCAGGGUCCAGUGGAGGAGUACACGAGCUGGCGGCGACAUGAAAUUCAACGCUGCACACUACCUGCUGCCCCUGCUGCCAGCACUUGUCCUCAGCACCAGACAGGACUAUGAAGAGCUAGAGAAGCAGCUGAAGGAAGUCUUUAAGGAACGUAGCACGGUCCUGCGGCAGCUGACAAAGACAUCCAGGGAACUGGACGGGAUCAAAGUCAACCUUCAGUCUUUGAAAAAUGAUGAGCAAUCCUCCAAAACUGAUGUUCAGAAGCUUCUAGAGUUAGGCCAGAAACAAAGGGAAGAAAUGAAGUCUCUCCAGGAAGCCCUGCAGAAUCAGCUUAAAGAGACAUCUGAGAAAGCCGAGAAACACCAGGCCACAAUUAAUUUUUUGAAGACUGAAGUGGAAAGAAAGAGCAAAAUGAUCCGUGACUUACAGAAUGAGGUCGUGAUAAACCUCUGCUCCAAUGCGCAUGGCUUCCCAGAAAGAGGAUGCCCCCACAGGCAGGAUCAUGAACUCUUGCAUGGCCAGCUUGUUGUCAGCAUGAGAACCGCCGUUGAUCACAUUGAAGGCUGGGACCAGCAGGAUGACUUCAGGGUUGCCGGCCAAGUCAGCAAUGUGACGGUAAAGGGGCACCCCCUUCUCCACGGCACCAGCCUUGCAGACAGCCAGGGACACUCCCAGGAUGGCAUUUGCACCAAACUUAGAUUUAUUCUCUGUGCCGUCCAUCUCGAUCAUCAGCUGGUCAAUCUUCUCCUGCUCCACAACAUUCAGUUUCUUGCUAACCAGAGCAGGUGCAAUAGUGUUAUUGAUGUGCUCAACAGCCUUUGAGACACCCUUCCCCAUGAAGCGGGUCUUAUCAUUGUCUCGGAGUUCUAGGGCCUCGUAGAUGCCAGUGGACUCACCGCUGGGCACCGCAGCACGGAAGAGACCUUUUGCGGUGUAGAGAUCCACCUCAAUGGUGGGAUUCCCACGGGAGUCAAAGCUCUCUGGCAUGGAUCUUGAGAAUGGACAUGGUGAAGUUCUGGCAGUAGGAUCGCUGCGGAGGAAGGAAAGAGGGUCCUGUACACACCGAAGGGAGUCUUAAGGACAGACGUGAGCGCGACUCGGUACCGGAGAAGCACUAAGCGCCUCCCACUCCGACUUCCUUGUUCAACUCUUUAUAGUUAAAUCCCUAACAUAUUUUAAAGACAGACACAUCAAUGACUUUGUAUCAUUGUUUAAUAAUUUCAUUAUAAAGGACAAUAGUACUAAUAUCAGUCUCUUUAAUAGAUGUAAAAAUUGUCCAUCCUCAUAGCUUUUAAUAUUGGGCAGAAAUUUUAAAAAUAUGUUAUAAUAAUUCUGAUGCCCACUAAAACACAUUAUAAUGUGUUGUAGAUAUUAGCUAGAAAUUUUAAUCAAGAAAUCAAUCCUAGAUAUUUUGAGGAAUAGUCAUAGAAUUGGAUGGUUUAAUACAUUAAGGCUCACCUUUAGUUAUGAGGUUAGGAACUUUUUUUUAAAAAGUUCUAUUUUAUGUAGUAAUAUUACUUUCCAAACCAAUAAAGACAUUUGUAUUAGAUUUGAGAGUAGAUUGUUUCUAGAGAAUUCUUGUUUCAUCAUGACCAGGCUUUGGAAACUUAACACAACUCAUAUUUCUCCUGAAAUAAGAAUUGCAAUCUCUCUUCCCAUGUCAUAACUCUCCCUUUCUUUCUCCUCCUUUCUUCUUCCUAUUCCUUCUCCUCCUCUUCUUUGUCUAUCAUCUCUACUUUCUUCUCCUUGUGUCCAUGUCCUCUGCCUCCUUUCCUUUUCUUCUUUCCAGUUAUCCCUCCAACUUCUCUAUCUACUUUUGAUAAAGAUCUCAAAGAUAAUACUUUAUAGUCUAGUGGAAUGAAAUAGGAAAGAUUGUUUUAAAUCUCUUGGAGCUGACUUAGGAAAUGUGAAGAUUGAUUAUAGCAAGCUUGAGUGAGACAAUAUAUAAUGAAAAAGUAUUUUCACUUUCAGAAUACUAAUUCAAGAAAAUAUUUUAUUUUAUAUAUUAAUACUAAAUAUACACAAAUGUAUAUGCUAUAAAAUAAUUUUUUAAAUCAUAAAGAAUAUCACAAAACAGACUUUUCCCUAUCACAAAGUUUGCAUAUCUAUAUAUGUGAAUAUUUCCAUGUAUUUAGUGCCUUCUGUGUUUUAUUUGUUGUCCAAAAUUAAGACAGCAAAUAAUAAUAAUUUUUAAAGAAUAUUUUAUUUGAUACAGUGUUUUUCACUUGUAAUCCUAGUACUUGGUAGUACUAGGGAGGAGUGUCAGGACUUCAAAGUCAUUGUAAGCAGGCUACUUAGAGAAUUCAAGACCAACCAGGGUUGAUUGAGAUACAGGCAUGGACACAUAUACACACAUGCAUCAAACAAAGAGAGUGAAUGAAUGAGCAAAUGAAUGAACAAAUAAAUGAAUAAACAAGUAAAUAAGCAGCAUAGUACUAAAGGCAUAAAUCUGGGGCUGGAGAGACAGUUUUGUGGUUAAUAAUGCUUUGUGUUCUUGCAAAAGACUCAAAUUCAGUUUCCAGCACCCAUGUCUGUCAGUUCAUAAAGAUCCUAAAUUCCAUUUCUAUGGAGUCUUAAGCCUUGUUAUGUCAUCUACUCAUGUACACACACACAUAUGAAUAACUGAAAAAAACCAAAUCUUUAAAAAUGGCAUAAACCCCAUAAUAUCAGAAAAAUGUACAAAAUCUCUAGAAAAAUGCUCUGUGAUUAUGGGAUUUGAAAAGAUUCAUGUGAAGUCAAAGUUUCUCCAUUUUCUAUGGUUUUGGAGAUUAGCAAUACUUUGGUGAGGAAAGCAUUCUCUUGAAAUGUGAAUUAUUAUGUAUUAUUAAUCUUAUUAAAAUGGCGACCCUGUAUGUAAAUGUACAUCACGGUAUGAUAGGCCAUGUUGCACUAGGAAGCUGUGAUAGUCUUGUACAGCUCACAUCUUUUUAUAUUUUAAGAGCUUAUCAAGAAUAUUAUAUUACUAAAUCUGUUGAUACAUAUAUAAAGGUAUGUGAUACAUAUAAGUUCAAAACAGGGAACCAGCUCAGAUAAAAGAAAAACCUUAUGAAAACUGUCUUAGUUAGGGUUUUACUGCUGUGAACAGACACCAUGACCAAGACAAGUCUUUUAAAGGACAUCAUUUAAUUGAUGCUGGCUAACAGGUUUCAGAUGUUCAGUUCAACAUCAAGUGGGGAACAUGGCAGCAUCUAGGCAGGCAUGACACAGAAGGAGCUGAGAGUUCUACAUCUUAAUCUGAAGGCUGACUUCUAGGUAGCUAGGAAGACGCUUUUAAGCCCAUGCCCACAGUGACACACCUAACCCAACAAGGCCACACCUCCUCAUAGUGCCACUCCCUGGGCCAAGCAUAUACAAACCAUCACAAAAACUAUAUAAUUGUGUAGAACUUGAAUCCUAAAUCCAGAUUUCAAAAUAUUUGUUUUUUUUUCCAAAGGACAUAUUUUCAAAUUGAACCACAAAGGCCAUGAAUAAUUUUUAAUGAAGCUUUUUAAAAUGAAGUCAAUUCUCUAGAAUUUCUAUGGAUAUUGAAAAAUGUACUGUGAUAAAGGAAACCAUCAAGUACUCCUUAAUUCUUCAGCCUGGAGCACAGAUACUAUCCUCAGCAAAGACAAGAAGAAUGAAAUGCAGGAAAUAAACAGUUCCUGGGUGAGGGUAGUAAGGUAUCACAAUUCUUUUUACUAUUAAUAUUUCCUCUUCUGUGUUUUGCUUUGUCAUAUACUGGGCAAAAUGUUCAUGUAUUCUGGUCAUAUUCCUCAAAUCAAUUUUUCAGUUACAUAGCAAUGGGAUUCAUUAGUGAAACUUUUGUCCCUUCAGACAGAUUACAUAAACUCAUUGAAUUUGUGCUUUAAAGAAACAGCAGGUACACAUAACAACCUCACCUAAUAAAGAUAUUUUGCCAUGGGGAAAGAAAACCCUGUAACACCCUUUGGUGGCAGAAACUUCAACCCCAUCACUUUCAGUGUAUUAGCUAAGGAGAGUUAGUACUCAUGGGAAAUUUUUUAGACAACUUUGUCAAAGAUGCUAAGAUUGUAUGUCUUAUAGGAGAUGAUAUUGGGCUCUUAGUGUCACAAGAACAGAGGACCCAAGUGGUUUUCUCUUUAUGUAGAUUCAAAUAUAACACUUGACUUUUAAAAGAAGAAUUAGAUGUAUUAGCCAAGCUGAAAAUUUCAAAACACACAUUGUUUCUAUACCAAGUAUUAGAUGGGAUUUUAACAAUUGGUAGUUAGUAGAAACUUGACAGCCAUCUAUCCUUCUAACUGACCAUAGUAUCCAGUCUUGUAGAGGUAGGUGUUUGGCUUAGGUAAAGUCAUGAGCACCAUAGAAUUCUACUCUAAAUUAUCAAUGAUAAUGUAGCUGAAGUCAGAGAUCUCAAACCAAACCAAUGACUCAUUGCAAUGAACAUUUGCAAGUAAAGAGUAUGGGCAAAAAUGUAUACUGUGUGACACACUGUGAUGAGAUUUUUCUUUCUUACUUAUUUUAUUUUAUUUUAUUUUGGAGGUAGGUUGCAAGGGCUAACUGCAGAUAUGAAGAGACAAAGAGAUGUGUGGUAUUGGGUUGCACAAUUGACAUUCACAAACAAAUAAAUAAAAAGUAAAAAAAGUAUACGUUAAAUCUUUAAUAGGCUAACUUGAAUCUUCACAGAUUCUAUUUAUUAAAAAAAGAUGUUGAACCUUGCAUAAAUUAUGUGGAAAUUAAGUGUUAACUUUGUCUUUAACCAUUUAGUAAGUAUUAUGGUGCUUCUGCUAAAUGUAAGCAGAGUGAGAGAUAUACAUUCCAUGUUUUCUUAGGAAUUCAAUGUCAACUUCACUGUCACAAAAAUGCUUCUCUUACCUUUGUGCCUGGCCUGAGUCUCUGAAAUGUAUUUUUGUGUAUUUCCCGAUUCUUAACUAUACGUUAUGUGAUUAUUACUUAUAUGAUGCCUAUGAAAAUAAACGUCCUUUUUUUGAAAAA